AUGGCCAACGACGAAUAUGACUUUCUCUUCAAAGUGGUGCUGAUCGGAGACUCGGGUGUUGGUAAAUCCAACCUGUUGAGUCGAUUCACCCGCAACGAGUUCAACCUGGACUCCAAGUCGACGAUCGGUGUGGAAUUUGCGACUCGUUCGAUCCAGGUGGACUCGAAGACCAUCAAGGCACAGAUCUGGGAUACUGCUGGUCAAGAGCGCUACCGUGCUAUCACCUCUGCCUACUACCGUGGCGCUGUCGGUGCCCUUCUUGUUUACGACAUCAGCAAGCACCAAACUUAUGAUAACGUCACCCGCUGGUUGAAAGAGCUCCGCGACCAUGCCGACUCUAAUAUCGUGAUUAUGCUCGUUGGUAACAAGAGCGAUUUGAGGCACCUGCGCGCGGUCCCCACCGACGAGGCCAAGCAAUUUGCCAGUGAAAACAACCUAUCAUUCAUCGAAACCUCUGCUCUCGAUGCCAGCAACGUCGAGCUUGCUUUCCAGAACAUCCUCACAGAAAUCUACCGUAUUGUGUCCAGCAAGGCCCUUGACAACGGCGAGGCCGCUGGCGGCGUUUCUGAAAACCGCCGUGUGAUUGAUUUCACUCCACAGGAAAACGAGCAGAAGCCGGGCUGCUGCUAA